CCGACUUUGACGAACAUGUCACGCGUUUUACCUUGUGUUUCACUCGGACUUCUGGUGCUAUUGGCCUUGGAAGUUUCAUCGCUACCUUUGCAGGACGAACCAAUCGAUCCGCGUAUUGUCGGCGGCUAUGAAACUGAUGUUGCCCUCUGCCCCUAUCAGUUAUCGUUGCGUCGUAAGGCUAUAACCGCACCGCAAAAUGCCUUUUCUCAUGUUUGCGGGGCUUCGAUUAUAGCCGAAGAUAUUGCAAUUACAGCAGCUCAUUGCAUUUCGGCAACUGUACCAAGCCAAUGGAAAGUUGUGGCUGGCACAAAUUAUCGUAAUGAAACAGAUGGCGUGAUUGUUUCCGUCUCGCAGAUCAUAAUGCAUGAGCAAUACUACAAAGAGGCACGCUACGACAAUGAUGUGGCCCUUUUGGUCCUUAAUCCUUCAUUGCCAUUGAAUAAUCAUAACAUCAAAGCCAUUCCCUUGGCUAGUGAGCCACCAUUGGCGGGUGCCAUGAGUAAAAUAAGUGGUUGGGGCACCACCACAUACCGUGGCUCAUCCUCCUAUGUCCUACUUGCCGUCGAUGUGCCAAUAGUUAGUAACGAAGUCUGUGAUGCCGAUUACGAGGACUAUGAGGAUGGUCUCUUUAACAUAACCAGCUCGAUGCUGUGCGCUGGUGUUCGUGGUGUUGGUGGUAAAGAUGCCUGCCAGGGAGAUUCCGGAGGUCCUCUUGUAGUUAAUCGUCAAUUGGCUGGCGUUGUAUCCUGGGGCGCUGAAUGUGCCUUGGCCGAAUAUCCUGGCGUCUAUGCUAAUGUGCCCAAUUUAAGACCCUGGAUCGAUGCAAAACUUGCAGAAAUUACAUUGCUACGAAAAAAAUUAAAUUGAUUUCGUAAUAAAUUCGACCAUGUGCCUUGA